AUGGUGGCACAUCUAGAGCUACUUCAUGGCACCAGGGCAGCCGCAACCCUGCACAUGAAUGGCUUGAGAGCACUUAUCGAAAUGCGAGGGGGCUUCACAUCUUUUACCACACCUUUGCAGUUAUUAUUACAAAGGUUAAUCCGCUGGGUAGACAUCUUCUAUUCCGAAACCUUUGGAACAGUACCUAUGUUUCCACCAGCAGAGAUCUGGGAUUUAUCGUGGCAUUCUCGUGAUCCACUGGCUCUACCAGGUUCGCCUAUUGGGCUUUUACCCCAGAAUCUAGAGUCAACAGUCUCCGGCGCCAUGAAGUGGUCGAAGCACUUCAAGACGUUUAUGAGCUUUGUGGGAUUCAAAGAUCGAGGCCCAUGUCGAUCUUGCAAGACCACAAAAGAAUGUUGA